GCGAGCGGAGGGCGCGCACGGGAAGGCUCCGGGGUCCAGGGGAUCGUUCGGGACAGGCGCCUGGGGGAGGAAAGCAGAGGAAGUUGCCCUCCCUCUUUGCGGCCCCGCCUACGCUGGCUCUCUGCUGGCGGCCGGGGCGGUGGCGGCUGCGGCUGCGGCGCGGGGCGGGGCGGGGCUCCGCGACCCCCGUCCCUCCCGGCCGCCUCCGCUCCCUCGGUCGCAGACGCAGCCGCCCGCCUGGCUCGGCCUCGCGGCGCGGGGGUUCGGCGCCACCGCAGUCCCGGCCGGCCCGCGAGCCAUGGCCCAGCCCGGCGAGGAGGCUCUGCCCGGGCCUGAGACUGCGGUGCAGAUCCGCGUCGCCAUCCAGGAGGCCGAGGACACGGAGGAGCUGGAGGACGAGGAGGAGGGCGCGGAGGCGCAGCGCGUGGGGGACCCGGCUCGGUAUCUCAGCCCGGGCUGGGGCAGCGCCAGCGAGGAGGAGCCGAGCCGCGGGCACAGUGGUGCCACAACAAGUGGGGGCGAGAAUGAGCGUGAGGACCUGGAGCAGGAGUGGAAGCCCCCGGAUGAGGAGUUAAUCAAGAAACUGGUAGAUCAGAUCGAGUUCUACUUUUCUGAUGAAAACCUGGAGAAGGACGCCUUCCUGCUAAAGCACGUGAGGAGGAACAAGUUAGGAUAUGUGAGCGUCAAGCUACUCACAUCCUUCAAAAAGGUAAAACACCUCACACGGGACUGGAGAACCACAGCAUAUGCCUUGAAGUACUCAGGGACCCUCGAGUUGAAUGAGGACCACCGGAAGGUGAGAAGGACCACGCCCGUCCCGCUUUUCCCCAAUGAGAACCUCCCCAGCAAGAUGCUUCUGGUCUAUGAUUUCUACCUGUCCCCCAAGCUGUGGGCCCUGGGCACCCCGCCAAAGAAUGGCAGGGUGCAGGAGAAGGUGAUGGAACACCUGCUCAAGCUCUUCGGGACCUUUGGCGUCAUCUCAUCAGUGCGGAUCCUCAAACCCGGGAGAGAGCUGCCCCCUGAUAUCCGGAGGAUCAGCAGCCGGUACAGUCAGGUGGGGACUCAGGAGUGUGCCAUUGUCGAGUUUGAGGAGGUGGAAGCAGCCAUCAAAGCCCAUGAGUUCAUGAUCGUGGAAUCUCAGGGCAAGGAGAACAUGAAAGCGGUCCUGAUUGGCCUGAAGCCACCCAAAAAGAAACCCCCCAAAGACAAGAACCAGGACGAGGAGCCCACUGCAGGCCUCCACCUGAACAAGUCCCCGAACAAGAGAGUUGAGGAGCUUCAAUACAUGGGCGAUGAGUCCUCCGCUAACAGCUCCUCCGACCCUGAGAGCAAUCCCACGUCCCCUAUGGCUGGCCGGCGGCAUACGGUCACCAGCAAGCUCAGCCCUUCUGGCCACCAGAAUCUCUUUCUGAGCCCGAAUGCCUCCCCGUGCUCAAGUCCUUGGAGCAGCCCCUUGGCUCAACGCAAAGGCGUUUCCCGAAAAUCCCCACUGGCCGAGGAAGGUCGGCUGAACUCCAGCACCAGCCCUGAGAUCCUUCGCAAGUGCACGGAUUAUUCCUCUGACAGCAGCAUCACUCCCUCUGGCAGCCCCUGGGUUCGGAGGCGCCGCCAAGCAGAGAUGGGGACGCAGGAGAAGAGCCCCAGAGCGAGUCCCCUGCUCUCUCGGAAGAUGCAGACUGCAGAUGGGUUACCUGUGGGGGUGCUGAGGUUGCCCAGAGGCCCUGACAACACCAGAGGGUUCCAUGGUGGACACGAGAGGGGCAGGGCCCAGGUAUAAACACCUUUGAUUUUUAAUGCCAGCUCCAUUGAAAACCACCUGUUUUCAAGCUCCUGAGAAAUACCUGGCAUGGCAUAGAAUGAAAUAAGUCCCCUUUGAAAGAUUUUGUAUACAUGUAGACCUCUUAAUUUAUAUAUUUGUAAUGUAUAUAAAUUGUCUGGUACACCCCGGGUAUGACCAUCUUCUAGAAUAUUGGUUCCUCCCAGCAUGACCGUUGUUUUGAUGCCGCCUGGCGUGUGUGAAUUUCAGGGCUCUGUAUGGCUGUGGGACGGAGGCUCCUCAGGGAAUGUCUGGCAGGGGGUUUCUUCUUUGGCAGGGUUCUUUCCUCCAGUGACAGGGCUGUCCUCGGUUGCCAUGCAGGUGCUGCCUGAGAGCCCAGGGGAGUUCUCGUACAAUGGCAACUAGUUACGCCGGUAGCAUGGUUGCUACCAAAUAUAUGUUUCCUGUCAAGUGAAUAAAUAAUAAAACACCCAACGGGGAGUGCCAGCUCUGAAGUCAUAGGCUGUGCCUGACAAAAGUCUGCCUGUCUGACAGGCUGUAGUUACUGUGUAAUGAGGCCCUGAAGAGUGUAACAGGGACACAUGUCUUGAAUGUGCCCGGGGGAAGCCCUGGGGUUCCCAGCAGCCUGAGGGGUUGCCAGAAUGUGUGCAGAUGUGAGAGCACCGCAGCUCUCAUCACAACGAAUCCUGCCCAGUGAGGCAGCUUAGUCUAGACCAAGGUCUCUAGAUGUGGUUCCCCUGGACUAGCAGCAUUGACAUCACCUGAGAACUUGUUAGAAAUGCAAAUUCUCAGGCUCUGCCUCAGGCCCGCUAAAUCAGAAACUCUGAGAGAGGGGCCUGGAAUCUGGAUUUUAACAAGCCCCACCUCACCCCAGUAAUUCUGAUGCACUCUGGAGUUUGAGAGCCACUAUUAUGGAAAAAAGGUGUAGGACUGGAGGUCAGUGUGGCGCCCACUUCCCACCCCCCACUUAAUAGUUCUGUGUGUGACCUUCGGACAGGUACUAGCCUCUCUCAACCUCGUGGUAUCCCUGCACAGUGCUUCGUCUUGAUGUCAGUGUCUGAAAUGCAGUUGGCCCUCCAUAAAUGGUAGCUCUUUGUCCUUGGGUUGCUGUCCAUAUCACUGGAAACUGCCUUGGUGUCGCAGAAAGAGCACUGGCCGGAUUCCAGUGUUGGCUUAUCCACUUGUUAUUUGAAGGGGAUUUUAGGCAAGUCACAUUCAAUAGAAUUUGUUAAUAAUUUAUUGAAUAGUGAUUAGAUACCAGCGAAUAUGCUAAGAGUUUUCCAUGCAUUAUCUCAUUUAAUUCUCCCAGCAACCACAGGAGAAAGGUUCAGAUAUUAUCUCUAUUUCAUACUGCAAGAAACACUUUAUGUGUGUACCUUGCAGAUGAACCCGAGCUCUAAAGCCCUGGCCACACCUUCAACGGGGGCAUAGGCUUCCUGUUUGUUAGCAUAGCAGGCCUUUCUUGAACAGCUUGACUGGGAAACUCAGCCGACAGCGUUUUUACAGAUGUUUCGUGAUUCUUAAUGAAAACCAGCUCUCUCUCCACAUUGGAACACAAAGCCCGCUGGACAUCUCCACUUGAGGUGCUGACAGCAUCUUCAGACUCUACACACAUCCAAAGCCUGCCCCCCUCCAACCCCACCUCCCACACACACAUGUGCACCUGCUCCUUCUGACUUCCCAUCUCACCCAGGGACCUCACCAUCUUCCAUGUCCCCCAGACUGGAAAAGAAACUGCAUGGCCUGUGUGAAGAAUGCAGGUUCUUGAGUUUGACAGCCUGGGUUCAAAUCCUAGUGACCUUUGAAAAAGCAAUGGCUUAGCCUUUCUGUGCCUCAGUUUCCUCUCUCAUAAAAGGUGGAUGAUACUAUUCCUACCUCACAUGAUUUGUCAUAAUUAAAUGAGUUAAUACCUGUAAAAUGCAUAGUACCUUGCACAUGGAAAACACUCAAAGAACGUAAGCAUCUCAUAUUUAUAUCAUUUUCCACAUUCAGAGCUGUGGGUUCUAGCCCUGAAAGGUUGCUUACAUGCUCCCCCACUCCCCACAUACUUACGUCCUUAUAUCCACCUCUCAAGGCCUCCCUGUCUCCAAUCCUCCCUGUUAACCUCCCUUAUAAUGCCUCCAAACCCAUCUUACUAGAGUUCUGUUCGCAUAACUUCCUUACUUAAAAAAUAAAAUGUUGGCUGCCCCUUCCCUCAACACGGAAUAAGGGGCAAACUGCCCACUCCUUUGCCCGCUGUGCAUCCUGAGGAGAAGGCCCUCUGGACGUUAGUGGGGUUGAUCCAGAAACAUGUCCAUGCCUGUGUCUCGUUUACCAUUGCAUCACUCCAGGGUGUGUCUCGGUUGAAAAAGGCUCUGUUUGGUUUCUGCCACACACGACUGAAACACAUGAGAAAGAACUUUUUGAAGACACAUUGGUCACCGAUUAUUUUUAACUACUUCCCCUAAAAUGUGAACUUGCCUUUUCCGAUAGUAUUCAGCUGCGUGUUCUAUCCUUGUGAGUUGUAAACAUGAUGGAAAAGUACCCAGAAACAAACGGCAACUCUCUAGGAGGAAAAGACUGAAACCGGAGGGAAAGUUGACUUCUUGUUCCCGGCAGUGACUUCAGUCCUGGUGGGCGCCCAUUCCCUUAGUGGAAACGUAAUGCCGUAGGCCACCGCCUGAGUACUUCGUUCACAUGAAGUGUCCCUCAGGAUGAUGGGCAUGUUGACGGGUCAGUCCUUUGUAUGCUGUCAAUGGAACGGGGCCGUGCCAGUCACUCAUUGCUCUGGGAGCUGGAACAAAUGAGGUGGUGAGUCGUGUCUGGAAUGUAUGCAGCCCAACGAGUGAACUAAGCUAUUACUUUCCCUUGAACCUAUUUCUAGUUGAGUAGCUAGCUGUUUGCACCACACCCCGCAUUUGGAAUCAGCUGUGAGAUGAGCAGAAGCAAGCGAGACGUGUCCUGUACAUAGUAUAUGUCUAAUUAAAUUCCACAAGCCUUCUAUACCUUAGGAAAAAGAAACAGUGCACUGAAAUGCUUUGGAUGAAAGAUGUAUCCUAAGUGAUCCUUGCCCUUAUCUGUAACUGGAAUGUGCAGUAGGUUCAGGCCUGCUUUCUCACCACUGUGGUUAUAGUUAACCCACCUUCAAAGAUGAAUUUGGGAAGGUCAAUUCAUUAUGCUUGUCAGAUGGUACUUCUGGAGGAGAAUUCCUCCCGUGGGUUUGCUCUCUCAGCGCCCUCUAGUGUUCAAACUAGGACAUAGCCCUCCCUCUCUAAAUGGAUCAUAGCCCUGCAUAGAUAGAGUCCAGCUUACACUUUGACUCUUGGCAAAUCAGAAAGACCCUAGUUCAAAUGCCAGCCUUGCUACUUGCCGAACUAGGAGACUUGUCUUACCUCUCUAGGCUUCAGUUUCCUCAUCUGUAAAAUGAGGAUGAUAAUACCUGCAACAUGAGUGUUGUUGUAAGGAUUAAAGGGGAUAAUACUUCACACCAUCCCAGCUUUAAAAAAUUGCUCCAAAAAACUUAUCGUCACUAAAACGUUCAGCCAUAAAUUCAUCCUAAGUAAGAAGGAUGGGAAAGACUUAUCUGGAACACUGAUCACUUUGCAUUAUAGUCAAUUGUUUAUGCAUCAUAUCUUUGCUGGUUUAUGAACCACGAGGUAAGGACCAUGAAGUUCACUGCAUUUAAUUAAGUCUGGCCCGUGGCUGGAGCUCAGGAAGUAUUUGUUGAAUGAAUACUGAAUAAAAGCUUGUUUUCCUCAGCCUUAAAAAUAGUGUACAGUGUAUUAUACAAUUAGUAUUUCCAAACAUCCGUGCAGACCUGUUUCCAGAUUGCAAGGACGCUACAAUUCAGCACUCUUUGUUGUGAAACACUCUGGCCCUGGGAUGUACCUGGGAGUGCCUGCAUGUUCCAUCACACGCUAUGGAAAAGCAUGUUCUGCAUGAUUAAGUCUAGAAUGGGAACUCUUGAACUCUGAACCCCCGAGGAACCUGAAAAGGAGCAUGAGUACCUAGGACAGGUGAGAGGAGCUUAGGAAUGGAGGCCAUGUCAGGAUCAAGAGACCCCUGAAGCUGCCUCUCGUGUGUGUAAACAGAGGAUGAUGGUCCCAUCCUGAAGUACCUGGAAUACACUCUGAAGGGCCAACCCAAUUAUUCAAGUGCCCAGAUGAAUUCAGUUGCACACAUGUACUUAAGUAAUAUGUCAUCUCAAGUGGCCAUAGGGCAGACUUCAGAGAAAGAACAGAGAGCAACUGUUAUGAACAUGCAUAAAUAUUUUCUUUAUCCAAAAGUUAUUCUUCUAACACCACAAACCCACAAUCAAGAAAAGAAAUGACACAGGCAAGUAGAUUUGUUCUGUUUUUAAACACAAGAAAUAUCAUGUGAGAAAUUUCAACUGUUUUUACUUUUAAAGAGUUAAAUUUUGGAACAGAGACUUGCUUAUUAUGAGUUGCACAGCCUCUAAAAGUUGGAGAAGCUGACUUUGACAUUGAGAACUAAUUAGAAGCUGGUAAUUGCAAAUUUAUAGAGUGCAACAUCUGUUUUUUGUUUAGCAUAGCCUUAUAACAAUGUAAGAAAGAUGGAGUCUAUAAAACCCCAAAGUACUCUGAAAUUAACAACUUCACAGGAGAACUUAACAGUAGGUCAAAUGAAAUUGCUGGGCUUUGUAGUCUUUACAGAUUGGCAAAUAAUCAGAUUUCGGGACUAUGAAAUGAUUGUGAAGAACUCCUAGGGGGUGUAUUUAGUGUCUGCAUCCAUUAAAAUCUUACUGACCAUCCAAGGAAAAAAGAGCUAGGAAACCUAUGUGAAGCGCCGGGUUCCUUUUGAGAAAGAAAGUGAGGCUAUACUGAGUUCCUAUUCUUUAAAUCAUAUAAAAAAUAAAAUAUCCACCAACUAUAACAUGUAACUCGUUUGAGACAUCAUAUUAGAUGUAAGAUGCUGAUAAAAUUCAUUGUUUUGAACUGUUUUCAUUGCUGGGAAUAAAGGAGUGAGCAAGACUCAGAUACAUA